AUGCCCGAGCACUCGCUGCUGGUGAGGACCAUCUCGGGCAGGUGGGAAUCCGUGGGCACGAGCCCCGAGUCCUUCGCCAAGGGCCCCUUUGCCAGGCACCAGCCCGCGCCCGACCGCAAUGGGAUCCUGUGGCCGCGCCUGGGCCUGGGCCUCGUCCUGGGCGCGCUCAUCCUCUGCACCUUCCUGUUCCUGGACGCGGAGAAGAUCGAGGCUCUGGCCAGGUGGCUGGAGACCCACCGGUCGCCGUCCGCGAUCGGCAUCUUCAUGGGGAUUGGAGUCGCGGCGGUCGUGCUGCUCGUGCCCGGCCCUGUGAUUGCCGUCUUCGGCGGGGCGCUCUACGGCAAGGUGGCGGGAUUCGGUAUCGUUCUGGCUUCUGUGGCAAUCGGCCAGUCGGUGGCCUACGUGAUUGGCAGAUUCUUGCUGAGGGACUGGGUAGUGGAGUUCGCAAGCAGGAGGAUCACGCGCUUCCCGCUGAUCGACUCCGUGGUGGCGCGGGAGGGCUGGAAGUUCGUGCUUCUGCUCAGGCUGUCGCCCCUGCUGCCGGACAGCGUCCUCAACUACGUGCUGGCCGUGACGGCCAUCUCUUACCACGUGUACGUGGUCACGUCCCUGGUGGCGGUGGUGCCAUGGACGGUGGGCUUCGUGUACGUGGGGUCCCUGGCGCACAACGUGGCGGAGGCGGCGCACAGCGGCGUGCGGGUGAGCCCCACCACGCUGGCGGUGUCGAUGGCCGUGUCCGUGGUGGCGCUGGGCCUCCUGGGAUGGCUGGCCGCGCGGGUGUCUAGGCGGGCACUGGCCGAGGCCCUGGACGACAAGAGGCUGAGCGGGGACCAGCACAGCGCGUGA